ACCCCUGCCUGCUGAUCCGUGAUGUCUGACCGGCCGCGCAUGCUACUGAUCCUCUUCCUGACCUUCACACAGGGAGCUUGUAUGUUCCCUAACCAUCACUGGGGUGACUGGAACGACUCUCAGCUUCAGCCAACGAUUCAGAAGCUGAUGAAAGGAUACAACCGCUACCUCAGACCUAAUUUCAAUGAGGGUCCUGUGGUAAUUGGAAUGAGCCUUGAUAUUGCCAGUAUUGAUGCCAUCUCCGAAAUCAAUAUGGACUACACUGCAACUAUCUUCCUCCGUCAGCGAUGGUGUGAUUCCAGGCUGGUUUUCCCAGGAAAUGAGAGCGUCAGUCUGGAUGGACGGCUGGUGUCACUGCUCUGGAUCCCUGACACUUUCAUCCCCGACUCUAAGCGCUCCUUCCUGCAUGACGUCACGGUGGAAAACCGCCUCAUACGCAUCUUCAGCAAUGGAACUGUUCUCUAUGCCCUUCGAAUCACAGCCACGAUCGCCUGCAACAUGGACCUGACCAAGUACCCCAUGGACAGACAAGUGUGCACUCUGCAGCUGGAGAGCUGGGGCUACAACCUGCAGGAUGUGGUGUUCUACUGGACCAGAGGGAACGAUUCAGUGAAGGGUCUUGACACGCUGCGGCUGGCUCAGUACAGUGUAGAGAGCUACUACACAUCAGUGUCAGAGGCUGUGUACGAAACAGGCCAAUACCCCAAGCUGGUACUGCAUUUUGCACUGCGUAGAAAUGUGUUGUUCUUCAUCUUGGAGACGUACGUUCCCUCCAUUCUGCUGGUGGUUCUCUCCUGGGUCUCUUUCUGGAUCAGCCAGUCCUCUGUGCCAGCUAGAACCUGCAUUGGAGUCACUACAGUCUUGACCAUGACCACUCUGAUGAUGGGCGCCCGCACGUCUUUGCCCAAUGCCAACUGCUUCAUUAAGGCCAUAGAUGUUUACUUGGGGAUCUGCUUCACCUUCAUCUUUGGUGCGCUGCUGGAGUACGCCUGUGCCCACUUUUACACCAUGCAGCACCAGACCAUAGAGGACUUUCACAGAGAUCUUCUGAGGGAGUUCAAUGAAUCCAACGGAAACGGCUCCAUCCCCAUCGUCAGCUCCACCCAGCCAAACCAGUCUGUGGAGAUCGGCUCCACUGCGGAGGACCUCACGGAGCAGUCAGAGAACAGUGACACUAAGAAGCAUGCUGGAUCAAAAGAGGAGACGCCAGGGCAGGGGUGUGGCCUGUCUUCGGUGAAGGAAGCAUGGCGCAGGGCAGCAUCUGUCUUCACUGUGGAAAAUCCACACAACAUCGAUCGUCACGCCCGCACCGUUUUCCCCACAGCGUUCCUCUUUGUCAAUAUCCUCUACUGGCUUUACUAUCUCUUUCUCUGA